AUGAUAAAGAGUGGAUCAGCUGCUAUUAAGAUAGUGCCACGCAAUCGUAUUGCAUUUACAAGAUUCCAAUCGUCUUUGCAAAAUAAUGUCGACAACACUACAAUCGACCCUCAGAUUGAAAUGAAGGCAAGCUUUAUUGAAAGGUUGAAUUUCUUUGAGAAUGAAUUUGUUAGUAAUAAAGAACCUAUAUUUCCAACUACCAAAGAUAUUUCAAUCAAUGAUUUGGUAAGCAAUUCUAAUAAAAAUUUCAGACAUUAUUCCGUUAAAAGAUCGAUUAAUGGGAAUUUACCUGUAUAUUCUGAAAAGAUUAAUGGAGGAUCGAAGAUAAUUACAGAAAUUAGAAAAAUAAAUGGCAAUAUCAAUCAAUUUAAAUUAGAAUUACAAGAGCAGUUACCAAAUAUUCCAAAAGAUAAGUGGGUUAUCAAGCAACAAUCAAAUAAAUUAAUCAUAUACGCAGAUGUUGUAGAUAUUGUUAAAAAUAUUCUUUCGAAAAAAUUUUAA